UGAAGUAGGCUACUGGCUGGUGGUCGCCUGAGCAGCUGUGUGUUCGCGUGAGGCGUUGAAGCGAUGUGAUUGGUAAACUUGAUUUCCUGGUACACACAUGAUCUGAAACACUGUUGAACAUCCGCAUCUACAUUUCUGCAAGACGAGACUAGGCGGCAUAAUGGCUGAUAAAGAUAAAGAAGUGCCAGUGGUUGAGGAUGAAGAUGAGCCAGAUCUGAACUACCAGGCUCCGGCUCAGAAGAGCCUGCAGGAGAUCCAGGAACUGGACAAGGAUGAUGAAAGCCUGAACAAGUACAAGCAAACCCUCCUGGGUUCAGGCCCUGUGGUGGCAGAUCCCAGCAUUCCUAAUGUUCAAGUGACCCGACUCACUCUGAUGUGUGACCAGGCCCCCGGACCCAUCACCAUGGACCUGACAGGUGACCUCGAUUCUUUGAAGAAGAAGAACUUCACCAUGAAGGAGGGAGUGGACUACAGGGUGAAAAUCCACUUCAAGGUCAACAGGGACAUCGUGUCUGGACUGAAAUAUGUGCAUCUGACCUACAGGAAAGGAAUCCGAAUGGACAAGGCAGUGUACAUGGUAGGCAGCUACGGACCGAGAGCUGAGGAGCAUGAGUUUCUCACCCCGGUGGAGGAGGCUCCGAAGGGCAUGAUCGUUCGGGGAACCUACCACAUCAAAUCCUACUUCACAGACGACGACAAGACAGACCAUCUGUCGUGGGAGUGGAACCUGCAAAUCAAAAAAGACUGGGACAGUGCAGAGUAAAGAGGUUCUUCCUCUGUCUCUCUCUCCCAGAUGCAUAGCAACAUACCCAAUUUAUCACAGAUGUUUAAAACCGAGACAUAGGCUAGGUAGAUGUGCAGCUGGAGCUGGCUUUGCAAAUGAUUAAAUAACAGUUAGUCGUAUAAAAAAA